UGUAUCUGAUUGAGAUGGUGCUAACCACAUAAAUCUUGGUGGAAUAUGAAUGUUCGUCUGUGAUAUCGACACAACCAAAACAGAAGUGCAGCAUCAUACCAGGAAGAACAGCUCAGCUACUCAAGUCUCUCUGUGUAACUGAAGUCCUCCAUCCAAGAAACCAAUCCAGCAAAUCUUCAUUCUUCAACAACUUGACCUACUUCUGCCAGCACCGACUCCUGAACAAGUUAGUGUCGAAAUAGGGCUGCUGAGCCAGAGCUCAUUCACUCCAACCAUUUUUUUCUUUUAUUUUCUUUCUUGUUCACUCAUUUUUUUGCUUUUUGUCUCUCUAUACUUUUACUUACCUUUUCCUUUGGGUUCGGAUGGCAUCAGUGGUGGCAUGAGCCGGUGUGGACCUCGAGUGGGCCCAGCACACGGACCUCGAGUGGGCCCAGCACAUGGACCUCGAGCGGGCCCAGCACACGGAUCGUGAGUGGGCUCAGCGCACGAACUGUGAGUGGGCCCAGCACACGGACCUCGAGUUGGCCCAGCAAACGGACCUCGAGCGGGCCCAGCACACGGACCAUGAGUGGGCCCAGCGCACGGACUGUGAGUGGGCCCAGCACAUGGACCUCGAGUGGGCCUACCACACGGACCAUGAGUGGGCCCAGCACACGGACCUCAAGCGGGCCCAGCACACGGACCUCGAGUGGUCCCAGCACACGGACCAUGAGUGGGCCCAGCACACGGACCGUGAGUGGGCCCAGCACACGGACCUCGAGCGGGCCCAGCACAUGGACCGUGAGUGGGCCCAGCACACGGACCAUGAAUGGGCCCAGCACAUGGACAUCGAGCGUGUCCAGCACACGGACCUCGAACAUGCCCAGCACACGGACCUUGAGUGGGCCCAGCACACGGACCUCGAACAUGCCCAGCACAAGGACCUUGAGUGGGCCCAGCACACAGACCUCGAACAUGCCCAGCACAUGGAUCUCAAGUGGGCCAGCACAUGGACCUCGAGCAGGCCCAGCACACGGACUUUGAGCGGGCCCAGCACACGGACCACAAGUGGGCCCAGCACACGGACCAUGAGCGGGCCCAGCACACGGACCUUCAGCGUGCCCAGCACAUGGACCGCGAGUGGGCGCAGCACACGGACCUUGAGCGUGCCCAGCACACGGACCGCGAGUGGGCGCAGCACACGGACCGUGAGUGGGCCCAGCACACGGACCGCGAGUGGGCGCAGCACACGGACCGUGAGUGGGCCCAGCACACGGACCUUGAGCGUGCCCAGCACACAGAUCGUGAUUGGGCCCAGCACACAGACUGUGAGUGGGCCCAGCACACAGACCUUGAGCGUGCCCAGCACAUGGACCGCGAGUGGGUCCAGGACACGGACCGCGAGUGGGCCCAGCACACGGACCGCGAGUGGGCCCAGCACACGAACCGCGAGUGGGCCCAGCACACGGACCGCGAGUGGGCCCAGCACACGGACCGCGAGUGGGCCCAGCACACGGACCAUGAGCAUGGCCAGCACAUGGACCUUGAGUGGGCCCAGCACACGGACCAUGAGCAUGCCAGCACAUGGACCGCGAGCAUGCCCUUACUUUUCCGGGGCGAGAGCAAGACAUGACACCAGAAUUGUUGGCUGCCACAUCAACAGAGGUGACAUCGGUGAGGUCAGCCUAUCAGUGACAGAUGGCAUCUGA